AUGGAGAAUUCUUUAAAAAUUAUAAUGUCAGAACGUGGGAAAGAGUUAGUUGUGGUUUCUUCACAUAAAUAUCGUUUUAUAAGAAAACGCAAAGACGAAUUAUUAAAAUGGAUAUGUUAUAACAAAAGUUGUUAUGCCAGUAUUUUAACUGAUGUCAAAAAAACUCAAGUUANUGCCAGUAUUUUAACUGAUGUCAAAAAAACUCAAGUUAUUAAGGUAAUCGGUGAACACAAACAUGAAGCAAUAACAUCUCAAAAUAUUGACCGCCAAGUUCUCAGAGAAAAUUGCAAACGAAAAGCCAGCGAUUCAAUUUCAACUCGACCAAGUAAAAUUAUACGAAAAGAAUUACUGACAAAUAUAAAUGCAAAUAAAAAAUUGAGGACAGCAUACUCGGAUGAUAAAAGUUUAUUAGGAAAAUGGUUAAAAAUGUUUUUUGGUCUACCAUUUCUGCCUUAUCAAAUAGUCGAAGACGGUUUUGUUGAAUUAGUAGGUGAUUGUCCGGAUGAAGAUGGCCUAGAAUUUUCGGACUAUGUAUUAAAUAAUUAUAUACAACCAAAUUGUAUAUUUACAACUAAUAUAUGGGCUGAAGAACCUUCAAUAAAUAAAAGAACAACAAAUGGUCCAGAGAGUUUCCACAGAACUUUAAACGCACAAUUCUAUAGCUCACAUCCACCAAUAUACUUUGUGCUUGAGGCAUUGAAAGAAAUGCAGGCUGAAACCAAUAUAAAAAUAUCCACUAUACAAAAAAAUAUAUCCAAAGCUAUUCCAUCUAAAGAUAUGCAAAAAAUGAACCAUGUUAUAAAACUAUACGACCAAUUUAAAAUAGAUGGUAAUAUAUAA